AUGUAUAGGAUCUUGAUCAUCAAGCUAACUGAAUAUUCUCUAAUCUACAGGUAUGAAGCUAAAGUCAUCGAAAUUAUUGUUGAACAAAUUUUGCUGAAAUUACGUUCCAUUCAUUUUAGCGAUGAUGAAAAUUUAAUAGGCAUGCAUCAUCGAGUGCAGGAUGCAGAGUCGUCUUUACAAAUCGAUAAUUUGAAUGUUGUUCGAAUGAUAGGGAUCAAGGGAAUGGGAGGUAGUGGUAAGACAACUCUUGCUAGAUCUAUUUUUGAUAAAGUAUCAACUCAAUUUGAUGGUAUAAGCUUUGUUGAGAAUGUGAGGGAAGUUUCUAAAGGGCAUGGUUUGCAGUCUUAG